UCGCGGCGGGGAGGAGCCUGCGGACCUGGGGCUGGGCCGGCGCGCGCCGAGCGGGCGCCACGGGCCAUGGCGGAUGUCACCGUGUGCUCGUUCCUCACCAAGGUGCUCUGCGCCCACGGAGGCCGCAUGUUCCUGCAGGACCUGCGCGGCCACGUGGAGCUGUCGGAGGCCAGGCUGCGGGCCGUGCUGCGGCGGGCCGGGCCCGAGCGCUUCCUGCUGCAGGAUGUGGAGCUGCGCGACGGCCCGUGGGACCCGGAGGCCGAGGUGGAGGCGGGGGCGGGCGGCUCGGGCGGCGGGGCCCAGGCCUGUAGGGUGGUGGCCGUGUCCUCCGCGCGCCUCUGCGCCCGUUACCAGCGCGGCGAGUGCCAGGCCUGCGACCAGCUGCACUUCUGUCGCCGGCACAUGCUGGGCAAGUGUCCCCACCGCGACUGCUGGUCUACCUGCACCCUUUCCCACGAUAUCCACACGCCUAUCAACAUCCAAGUCCUGAAAAAACAUGGGAUUUUUGGCCUUAAUGAAGCCCAGCUUCGGAUCCUGCUUUUACAGAAUGACCCCUGCCUUUUACCUGAGGUCUGUUUGCUGUACAACAAAGGUGGUGAUCCCCUCUAUGGUUACUGCAACCUCAAGGAUAAAUGCACCAAGUUUCACGUAUGCAAAUCCUUCGUCAGGGGCGAGUGCACACUUCAGACCUGCAGACGCUCGCACCAGCUCAUUCAUGCUGCCACCCUAAAGUUUCUAGAGGACCAAGAACUGAGUAUUCCAAGUGUUGUGAAUUUCCAGAUAAUCUCUGCCUACAGACAUACAAAGCUGCACCAGAUGCUUGAAGAUAAAGACAACCCGACCUGUGCUGAGCACUCACAGGGCCUCGAGAAGCAAGGAACACUUGCAACUAUGGCUACAGAAGCCAGGCCUCUAGUCCCUGCUCCUGCUCAGUCAUCCAGGAAGCCCUACCCAGUUGCAGCCUGUGCCUGCUGUUCCUGAGUACCUUCCCUGUGCCUGCUGUUCCUGAGCACCUUCCCUGUGCCUGCUGUUCCUGAGUACCUUCCCUGUGCCUGCUGUUCCUGAGCACCUUCCCUGUGCCUGCUGUUUCUGAGUACCUUCCCUGUGCCUGCUGUUCCUGAGUACCUUCCCUGUGCCUGCUGUUCCUGAGUACCUUCCCUGUGCCUGCUGUUCCUGAGUACCUUCCCUGUGCCAGUGGUUGGGGCUCUUCGAGGGCAGGUCUCUGCUGCCUUUGUGGUCCAGCUAGUGUUUUACUAGACCCCCAUUUAUACACUUCACAUGUUAUCAUCACAGAGUAUGUACACUUUGUAUACAAUUUGUUACUCAGAUAUUUUACAAACAUCUUUCCAGUUUUUAUUGCACAGAAUCACUAAUAUCCUAGUCUAACUACCUCCUUUAUUUUAGAUAUUUCAAUUCUUUCUAAUAAUUUUUGAAUGUCUUUUUUUUUUUUUUUCGGUCUUCUUGAGACAGGGUCUCCCUGUAGCCCCAGCUGUCCUGGAACUUACUAUGUAGACCAGGCUGGCCUUGAACUUACAGAGAUCCUCCUGCCUCUGCCUCCCUAGUGCUGGGACUAAAGGCGUGCACCACCAUGCCCGGCUGAAUGUCUCUUUUUAUAUGUGUGUGAUAUUGAAUUAAAAAGCCAUUUUUUUUGUUUCACUUGU